UGCGCAUGCUCUGCGUGGAUUGGCUGCGUCAUCGUGUCAAUCAGGCCGGUCCUUCCUCGCCGCUCCUACAGUAAAUAUUUGUGUUUGCUCAACCGGCUGUAAUGGUGGACGAGUGAGGCAGAGAGCGACGGGAUCCAACAAAAGAGCCGAAGGAGGAGAAACACACGCCGAGCGUUGGAGAGUCUGCCUCAGAGCCACUUUCAGGAGGAAUCGGACGGGAACGGACGGGUUCGGUCGGAAAAUGGACGAACUCAAACAUCAGGUGAUGAUUAACCAGUUCGUCCUGACGGCGGGUUGUGCGGCAGACCAGGCGAAGCAGCUCCUGCAAGCGGCACACUGGCAGUUUGAGACUGCCCUCAGUGCCUUUUUCCAAGAAACAAAUAUUCCAUAUGGCCAUCAUCAUCAAAUGAUGUGCACCCCCGCCAACACGCCGGCCACGCCCCCCAACUUCCCUGACGCGCUGACCAUGUUCUCCCGGCUGAAAGCCUCCGAGAGUUUCGCCAGCAGCGCCGGCAGCCCCAUGGCCGUCUCCAUGGCCACCUCGCCGCCGCCCCCCCAGGCGGGCGGCUGCGGCGCGGGCGGCUGCGGCGCGGGCGGCUGGGGCGCGCCCAACGCGCCGCAGCCGCAGCAGGGACUCUGGACUCCGCCCCCCACGCAGCCCUGCCCGCCCCCCUGGCCCGUGGGCGUGGCUUCGCACGCAGGCGCUGAGCAGAAGGCCAGCGUCGCCAUGGAGGCGGAGAGAUGAAGGACUGGAAGCUGCCCCCCGCCGCCUCGCUGGUGUCAUGGCCACGGUGAGGGGGCCAUGACAUCAUCAGGCGGGGGGCAAUAAUGGGGAGAAACGGAUUAGAUCGGAAAAAAUCUACGCAAACCAAGAAAAACUGAUUGGAGAGAAACGAGGCCGAGGAUUCUAGUUUCAUCACCAGUAAAUAUUACAAGAGAAAUUUAAAACAUGUCACGCCCAAGGAUUCUCCACCAUGUUCCAGGACUUUCAAGGACUUUCAAGGCAGCAAGUCUUUGUGUUUUCCAGCCGGUGUUUUUUUUUUACCCACUGCUGUUCUAUGUUCCUGCGACCGUCUGUGCUGCAUGAAGAAAAAUCGAGGCAGUGAUUUUUUAAAUUUUUUUUUUUAUUCUUUAAGAUUCAGAUUUGAUCACCAACUGGUGGCGCGUGGGACGCAUGUGGGACGCAUGAGAGCGAGCGAGCGGUCGGCCUGUAAUCAGACGUGUAUUCGUAAAGUUCCAGUAUAAAUAUAUAUAUAUUAAUGUAAACGCAUAAUUUAGGGUUUAGCAGGAAACAAAACGCCUCCAUAUCCGUCAGAGUGCGGGACCUCUUCUCAUCUGGCCUGGUGGUCACCUGACUUCUCUCAGCCAAUCAGGGAUUGUUCUUCAACCAGCUGACUUCUCCUUUCGCCAUCUCACCUGGACUGCAGGAGGCUUCAAGGCAACAAAUCAUCUUUCUAUCUUAUUGUUUCUAAUGACGUUUUAUUUGUUGAGAGGCGCAGGAAGUGGGCGGGGCUUUAUGUUGAUCUUUUGUAAACGUGAAACAGUCGCAGCUAAAAUGACUAGAGAUUAAAAACGAGACUACUCCCUCUUUUUAAACAGAAAUGCCAGUUUUUGCAUGACGUUUUCACAACGCAUAACAUCUUUUGUAGAGAGCAUACAAGAGGAGGGGCGGGGCCUAUGGCGGGAGGGCGGGGCCUAUGGCGGGAGGGCGGGGCUUAAGGCCCCGCCUCAGGGAAGUUGGGGCCCCGCCUUAAGCCCCGCCAGCAGAAUCUGGCUGUAAAAAGUCCAAAUUAAACAGAGAUGUGAGUGUAGAACUGAAAAUGGCCAGCAGGGGCAGUCGGGGGCUCUACAGACUACUUUCAGGGACAGGAUGAUGCCCCUCCCCGCCCGUUGCUGGACUGGAGGUCUCUGAAGGCGACCAGCCGCUGGUGCGCUCACACUGCCGAGGGACGCUUCAGGAACAACCCUCGAAAAAUCGCAAUAUUUUGAAAGCAGGUUCUCCAGUUUUGCUUUUGACUUUGAUCAGAGACUUUAAAAUGAGAUAUUUUAAAUAGCUUAGGGUCUUUUUUUUAAGAAUACAAAUUAUGGACAUAUUGAUGAGGAAUAACCAUCAUCCUGUUUCUUUAGACUAAAAUGUGGGAUGUGACCCAUUUUUCCCAAAGUUUGGUUCCUUAUUUGGUUCAGUGAGUUUGUGGGCGGGGCCUAAUGUUCCUAAUGGUUUCUCAUGUAUGUUUUCCCCAUUGUAUGACUGUAUGAGACCAUUCCCACAAUAUUUGUGGACUACCUGAUAAAUAACUUAUCAUUUUUGUGAACCUAAAUAAAUAUUGUAUGUCAACCUC